AUGUCCUAUCGUGAAAAGCAGUCCCUUCAUGAAGAGCACGAGCGACGCAGAGACAAGAAAAGAGCACGUAGCUGUGACCCAAUUCUUACUGGUACUAAGGUCCCUGAUUGUUGUGUUCCACUGCGGUCACCACGGCCUUUCACAGCCGUCUUCUGGGACCUCGAGGAUUGCUCGAUCUUCGACAAGGAUUCUACUUUAUUAAUAUAUCAGAAUAUAAACUCAAAUCUUGCGAGUAAGGGUUAUCGUGGUAAGAUGUCAAUAUAUGCUUAUGCUGAGAAGAAUAAGCUGUCGGAUAAAUUGAUGUCUGACUUGCCUGAUGCCGGAAUCACCUUGCCUCCGGAAGACAAUCCUGUGCACCAUCAUGGACCUCAACGAGCAAAUUUGAUAGUAAUCUCAAAUAACAUCAGAGAAGAAACACAGUCAUGGGAUUCUCUUUGUGCUAUGAAGGGGAGAGGUUACCAUGUUCUCUUAGUAAACCGUGAUGGUAAGCUCCCAUCAAGAAGCCUUCGUACUGCAACUACCAAAUGGCUUUUCAAGAAGCCUCGUGAAUGUUCAGAUAGACGUCGGAGUAGAAAAAGGGAUGAGAGUGAUAAAAGCCAUAGACUUUCACGUAGACGAAAGUAG